GAUGUGUUGGAGUUUGAUAUAUGCUGCUGACGUAUAUAAGGACGAACGUAUAUCGAGGUGAAAAUGGCAAGCCAUCUCGCUUUAUUGUCUCAAUUUAUGCUCCAUCCUGUACCAUCCAUUUGAUCUUACAAACAACAUACUCGCGUUGCUCAUCACCAUGGCGGAUCUAACAACUGGCCUCUUUCGCCAUGAUAACAUGGAUGUCCCUGAAGGGAACCGUGUUCUCCCCCUCUUCUCCCUCAAGGGACGGACUGCUAUCAUAUCAGGCGCCGGUGCUGGCAUUGGACUUGGGGUUGCUCAAGGGUUCGCCGAGGCUGGCGCCAACGUGGUCAUAUGGUACAACAGUAACCCUCAAGCUUUGGUAGAGGCUGAGAACAUCGAGAAGACAUAUGGUGUGAAAUGCAAGGCGUAUCAAGUGAAUGUGACCUCUCUCGAAGCUGUUGAGCAGGCAGUCAACCAGGCAGUCGAAGAAUUUAACGGUCGCUUGGAUAUCUUUGUAGCCAAUUCCGGCAUAGCUUGGCUGGAUGGUCCAUUCAUUGAUGGAGACUCCAGCAGACUCAAGGAUGUCAUGACUGUCAAUGUUGAUGGUGUCAUGUGGUGUGCGAAGGCCGCCGGAGCCCAUUUCCGACGGCAAAAAAAGGAAGGCACAACACUCAGCGGCGAGAAGUUGACCAACUUCGUUGCUGGAAGCUUUAUUGCCACCGCUUCCAUGAGUGGAAGCAUUGUCAACAUUCCCAUGCCACAGGCUGUGUACAACGGUUCAAAGGCUGCCGUCAUUCACUUUUGCAAGAGUUUGGCUGUCGAAUGGACUGGCUUUGCUCGGUGCAACACUGUGUCCCCGGGGUAUAUCAAGACGGAUAUUGCCCUCACUGUACCCACCGAGGUUAAGAAGUUGUGGAAGGACAAGACCGCCAUGGGUCGCGAAGGAGAGGUGAAUGAACUCAAGGGCGCCUAUCUUUAUCUCGCGAGUGACGCGUCGUCGUAUACUACAGGCCUAGAUAUGAUCGUGGACGGUGGCUAUUCGCUUCCCUAGAGCAAUUACAUGAACUUUUGUGUCAAUUCUGACGCAAAUUCAAGGUCCACGUCAAAUGUGGUCUCUUGAUCAUGGGGUGGGGUAAAUAAACAUGUGCUCCAUCGAUAUAGACCAAACCAUACACAUCUAUAUAAUCCGAAAAGACUACUGAAAUUCAUGCCUGCCUAUCAGCACUAUCAAAACUUUUGAGUGUUGCAGGCUAUUUAACUUAAAUCCUGAUUUGAUAACACUUUUUACUAAUUCGUAAUUUGUCAACUUUGCUUUAGUGAGAUAUCAUGGUUUAACUUGAAGGGGUC